CCAUGGUUGCAGCGCCUUACCGCUACCUUGAAACCGGAUGUGUCGCACGCUCUAACACGUCACGUGGUUGUGAGCUUUUAUUUUGUAAGGCAUAACCGGAAACCCAUAUCCUGGAUGCGACUUCCUCCGAGCGAAAUAAGGACAACUAACAGCGGGAAGAAUGGCGCAACUCGAGGACCUUCAAGACUUUAUAACCCAGCGGCUUCACGUAAUUGCCACGGAAAUAUUCGGCGCCGUGGAGAAAACGGUAACCGCUUACGAGGCGCAAGCUUGCCGCUUGAGAGAAGAAAAGAGGCGCCUUUGUUCGGAGUUGGACCUUCUCAUCAAAGCCCGGCAGGAAGAGAUGGACCUGCCCUUCAGCUCUAUUUCUGAGGAGGCCGUGCCGCCCAGUUCUGAACCCUGGUGCCAGCCGGAACUUGGCAUUCAGGAUGAGGAGGACCAGAAGUUCUCGCUACUUGGGGUCAAAGAAGAGCCGGUUGUGCCAACCGAAGAACACGCAGAUCAUAGUUCCAGCGUCCAUAUAUCCGAGGCAAACCCUCCACAACCCCCAGCAGGUGAAGACCUGCCGCUUGCUUUCACCUCAUGUGCAGACUUUCUCCAGUGGGCCUGCUGCAGUGACAGCUGUCCUUACUGCAUGAAGGGAUGUCAGGCCACAGAAGCACAUCUGAUGAGAAGACAUUACUCCUUCGCCGUGCAUUUCAAUCAAGACGGGAUAGAUACAUUUGUGGUGCCGUGCAUGUGCAAAGAUCUGGUCCAGGGCAGAAGUCACUGGCACUGUCCGUACUGCCGGAAGAUUUUAAACCGGAAAGUCAACUUUGAGGGCCAUGUAUCGAAGAAACAUGGUUAUGCAACUUUGCAGCAAAGCCAAGACAGCGAGAUGGACCUGCCCUUCAGCUCUAUUUCUGAGGAGGCCGUGCCGCCCAGUUCUGAACCCUGGUGCCAGCCGGAACUUGGCAUUCAGGAUGAGGAGGACCAGAAGUUCUCGCUACUUGGGGUCAAAGAAGAGCCGGGUCUGCCAACAGGAGAACAAAGUAAGGCUGGCCAAGACUGGUCUCACAAUGUCAUGUAUGUGGAAAGUUCUGGCCAAGAGUUCCAUGAAAUAGAAGGCAUGGAGAGUAAUUUGAAGGUUGGUUCUAAGCACGCCCCCUCCUCAGCUUCAAAUGCUCCCAAGUCAAAAAGAAGGCGAUUAAGAGCCCCUGCGGGUCAGACAAACGCAGGAACGUUCUGCUGCCAAGUGUGCGGAAAGACUUUCUAUGAGAUAAACGCGCUCCAAUCACACGUCAGCACUCACGUGGGGAAGGACUCCCUUUGUGGGAUCUGUGGGGAACAUAUCAAGGACACCAAGACUUUAGUGCAACAUCUCAGGAGCCACACGCUCUGGAAGAAAUGUAAGCCCUUGUCUAACGUGGACGGUUUGAAAGCUCACGCAAUGUUGCAUGUUGACUGUUAGCAUGUUCACCUGCUAACAUCCAGCAUGCACACUCUUUGCAUGUUUGUUGCUAAAUUUAGCCUCCUUUGGGAUACAGAUCACUUUGUUUAACUGGGGCAAAACACAAAGUCUACUCUAUUUUCCCCUGCAGAUCCAUUCUCUAUUCUCCAGCUUUUUUCAUGCACAAAUUGCACCGGAUUAUAAGGCGCACUGCCGAUCAAUGGUUUUGAUUGAUUGAUUGAUUGAAACUUUUAUUAGUAGAUUGCACAGUUCAGUACAUAUUCCGUACAAUUGACCACUAAAUGGUAACACCCCAAUAAGUUGUUCAACUUGUUUAAGUCGGGGUCCACCUUCAUCAAUUCACGGUCUAUUCUCGAGCUUUUUUCAUACAUAAAUCGCAUCGGAUUAUAAGGCGCACUGCAGAUGAAUGGUCUCUUCUCGAGCUUUUUUCAUAUAUAAGGCGUACCAGAUAAUAAGGCGCGCUGCCGAUGAAUGGUCAAUUCUCAAGCUUUUUUCAUAUAUAAGGCGUACCAGAUAAUAAGGCGCGCUGCCGAUGAAUGGUCAAUUCUCAAGCUUUUUUCAUAUAUAAGGCGCACUGCAGAUGAAUGGUCUCUUCUCGAGCUUUUUUCAUAUAUAAGGCGUACCAGAUAAUAAGGCGCACUGCCGAUGAAUGGUCAAUUCUCAAGCUUUUUUCAUAUAUAAGGCGCACUGCAGAUCAAUGGUCUCUUCUCGAGCUUUUAUCAUAUAUAAGGCGUACCAGAUAAUAAGGCGCACUGCCGAUGAAUGGUCAAUUCCAAGCUUUUUUCAUAUAUAAGGCGCGCCAGAUAAUAAGGCGCACUGCCGAUGAAUGGUCAACUUUCGAGCCUUUUUCAUACAUAAGGCGCACCGGAUUAUAAGGCGCACUGCAGAUAAAUGGUCAAUUUUCAAGCUUUUUUCAUAUAUAAGGCGCACCAGAUUAUAAGGUGCAUUAAAGGAGAUAUAUUUACUAUGAUUUUUUUCUAAAUGUAAAAUACUGCCUUGUGGUCUACAUAACAUGUAAUGGUGGUUCUUUGCUCAAAAUGUUGCAUAGAUGAUGUUUUACACAUCAUCUUCAAGUCGCUUUCUGACAGUCUCUUCAGGAUGCGCAGUUUUGUGGGCAGUCUUAUUUACAUUGUUCACCUUCCACAGCGUCUUCUCCCCGCCAUCUUUCUUGUAGCGGUGUAGCGUGCAAGGAUGGGAGUGGAAGAAGUGUCAAAAGAUGGCACUAACUGUUAUGAUGACAUUCAAACUUUAUUUCAAUCAAUAACGGAGCAGCAUCGCCGGAAAUGUGUCCCAUGAAAAAACGUCCAACCAGAACUUUCUAAUAACUAAAGUUCCUUGGGUGAAUGAUGUAAAGUCACUACAUUAGUAUGUUUUAUGAAAGAGCCUGAAACUACUUUCUAUUGAAAAUGGCAACAGUGGAGGAUGAAUGUCACAUAAAAAGAAGCUUAUCGACUACGGCAUCUGUGUAAACUACAAAGACUGACUCGCGCAAUUUUUCAGGACUUAUGCAGAUCCCAAAUACAGAUCAGCAAGUACCAGACGGUAAGAUAAGUUGCUUUUGCAUAAUAUUGUGAAACAAAACGCCAGAUAAUGUCUUACAUUAUACACACAUCAUAAUAAUAGUCCUAUGUUGAAGCACAGUACAAUCCAUCAAGCAGUGUGGCUUCAUAGCUUACCAAAGUCCUACUAAAACAUGUUGAUAGAUUUGAGUGCCGUGUGUAACGUUCUAUAUUCUCAAUGGAACAUAUAAAAUGUUGCUGGUGUUAACUUCUGUCAUAUAGCAGUCUACACGUAUCUCUUAUGUGUGACUGCCAUCCACCAGUCACACUUAUCAUUACACCAUGUGCCAAAUAAAGUAGCUUUGAGGUCGGUAAGCAAAACCUGUUAUUCCGUAUACUCUGCGCACCAGGUUAUAAGGUGCACUGUCAAGUUUUGAGGAAAAAAAGGAUUUUAAGUGCGCCUCAUAGUCUGGAAAAAAUGGUGGUUUGCCAUGUUAGGCACUGCAAGGUUUUAGUAAAUAUUAAACCUUAAAAAGUCUAGAACAAUUUGUUAAUUUUAUUCAAGGAAACAAAAAGGAGUACUCCAGGUUUUUGUUUUAGCGCAAUGAGGACCCCAAUAACAAUAGUAUGUGCAUAAUCAUUUGAAUAGAGUGGGUGAUGAAUACCAUUGCUUUAUAGGAGUGUGUCGAAAAUAAAAUAGAAUAAAUAGUAAAAUAGGCAAGAUUAUUAUCAUGCUGUGCAAAUAUGAUGUAAACACAUUGACAACAAACCAACACAAAUAAAAGCCCUGUCAAGCACAUUUGGACGGUGGAACUUUAACAUGUUAUCUUGUUUAUUUCUUUGAAACAAAAACUAUUCUUUUUUUUCCUUCAUUGCCAUGGCUUCACAAAAUGAUACAAUACAAUUCUACUUUAACAUUGCCUAUUUUAAAAUAAAACUAUAAUUACAGACAACAGUGAAUGUCAGGAAUUGAAAAAAAUACUAUAAUGGUAGUACAAAUAUUAACAUAUACAGAGAAUCAUGCUCAUAAUAGAGCUGGCAUGCUUACCAAUGUGUUAGAGACAGAAUGUGCAUGUGUUUAACCCUGUGUGUGUGUGUGUGUGUGUGUGUGUGUGUGUGUGUGUGUGUGUGUGUGUGUGUGUGUGUGUGUGUGUGUGUGUGUGUGUGUGUGUGUGUGUGUGUGUGUGUGUGUGUGUGUGUGUAAAUGAAUAUAUGUGCAUAUGUAUAUAUAUGUAUGUAUGUAAAUGUGUAUGUAUACCUUUGUGUAUAGAUAUAUGUAUGUGUGUAUGUAUAUAUAUAUAUAAUGUGUGUGUAUAUUUAUGUGUAUAUAUAUCUAUACAUGUGUGUGUGUGUAUGUAUACUGUAUAUAUACACACACAUUGCCCCACUGUAUAUAUAUAUGUAUACAUAUACACACAGACACACAUACGCGCACACACAGUGGGGCAAAAAAGUAUUUAGUCAGCCAGCGAUGGUGCAAGUUCUCCCACUUCAAAUGAUGACAGAGGUCUUGUAUGUCUUCCAUUUUCUGAUAAUUGCUCCCACAGUUGAUUUUUUCACAGCAAGCUGCUUGCCUAUUGUAGAUUCACUCUUCCCAGUCUGGUGCAGGUCUACAAUUCUUUUCCUGGUGUCCUUCCACAGCUCUUUGGUCUUGGCCAUAGUGGAGUUUGGAGUCUGACUGUUUGAGGCUGUGGACAGGUGUCUUUUAUACAGAUGACGAGUUCAAACAGGUGCCAUUAUUACAGGUAACAGAAGAGCUUCUUAAAGAAGAAGUUACAGGUCUGUGAGAGCCAGAGAUCUUCCUUGUUUGAAGUCACCAAAUACUUAUUUUCCACCAUCAUUUACAAAUCAAUUCUUUAAAAUUCCUACAAUGUGAAUUCCUGGAUUUUUUUCCCCAUUCUGUCUCUCCCAGUUGAAGUGUACCUAUGAUGAAAAUGACAGACCUCUGUCAUCAUUUGAAGUGGGAGAACUUGCACAAUCGCUGGCUGACUAAAUACUUUUUUGCCCCACUGUAUAUAUUCAUAUAUAUAUAUAUAUAUAUAUAUAUAUAUAUAUGUAUAUAUAUAUAUAUAUAUACACGUGUUGUUUUAUAAAAUAGCAUGAAUUGUAUUUUGUAUGUGAGUACAAUCCAAUUCCUGAUGGGUUUUACCUGAAUUGUUGUAGGUCCCUGGGUGUAAAAUUCCACAUCAAGGAUUAGGCCCACAUUGACAGUAAAAAAAAGUUAAUAUUUUCAUCAGAUAUAAUACUAAGGGUGGUCGUGGAAAUAUAUUUGAAACUGUUUUAUUGUGUUUUGAUAACUGAAUAUGAAAUAAAAGUGAAUAAUAUCAAA